GAUGAUGAUGAUGAUGAUGAUGAUGAUGAUGAUGAUGAUGAUGAUGAUGAUGAUGAUGAUGAUGAUGAUGAUGAUGAUGAUGAUGAUGAUGAUGAUGAUGAUGAUGAUGAUGAUGAUGAUGAUGUAAUUUUAAAAAUGAUGAAUUUUGUUUAA